AUGGCAUCCCCAUCACAGGCCAUGGAGAGUGGAACUGUGCCCAUGCCUGUAUCCUAUUCCGGUGGCUUUGUCGCGCUGUCGUACAUUAUCAGUGCCAUGGGCUCGGUGACGUGUUUGGAAAUGCUGCAUCGGAGGACUUCGAGGUCUGGCCUGUUCAAUUGGUAUCUGCUACUGACAUCGUCGCUCUCCAUGGGCGGAAUUGGUAUCUGGAGCAUGCACUUCAUCGGUAACCGCGCCAUCUACCUCGGUGACGGCGCCGAUAGCGACCAAAUCUCGUACAAUGUCCCCUUCACAAUCCUCUCGAUCUUCUUGCCCAUGAUCGUCCUCUGCGCUGCCUUUUAUGCCAUCUCCUUUGAAGAACGCCCGGCCAUGACCCGUCUCGCAGUCGGGGGCGUCCUGACCGGCGGCGCCAUCUGUGGUAUGCAUUAUGUCGGACAGCUCGGCAUCUCCAACUAUGUCUGCUCGUACGCGGUCGGGAACAUCGUCGGCGCGGCCAUGAUUGCCGUGUUCUCGGCCAUGUUGGCACUGACCGUCUUCUUUCGAUGGAAAGCUGCGUGGGCAGAUAGCUGGUGGCGUCGCCUGAUAUGUGCGGCGCUUCUGGCCGGUGCUGUCUCUGGAAUGCAUUGGACGGCGGCAGUAGGGACCACGUAUCGCCGUGUGCCCGGUGCAAUGACUGGUGCGCAGUUAUCGAGAACUCAGACGGUCAUUAUUUGCUCGGUUUUGUCAUUUACGUCGUGUGUUAUUCUGUCCAUCUGUGCCGUCGUUGCUGGCGGCAAUCGGCGACGCUCUACGACUCGAGCCCGUCAAUUGGUACUGUCAUGUGUUUUUUUUGAUCCUGCCGGGCGUAUAAUGGUGACCCCGCAGGCUCUGCUGCCGACUCGCAAGGUUGUUGAUAGAUAUAUCGGCCGAUAUAUGAAAGACGACGACUUUAGCCGGACACACCCGGCUUUCCUCUGGGCAUUUCGGGCAUCUCGCAACUGGUCUCUAGUCAAAGACAUCAUCCCGUUCAUGAAGCGUACGCUACAGAGCGACGAAGAAGAGAUAAACCGGCUUAUCCACCAACGUAAUGCAGCUGACAACGACCCCAGCGCUGACUUCGGCUUUGACAACUUGUUCAAGCAGUUUUUCUGUGUAUCUGCACAAGACCUGGCCGACGAAGUACGCCAGCCCCUUUCUGGUCUGGGCGAGUUGUAUCCCGAAGUCGUGUCGACCAGCACGCAGAUCUCGCGAUUCCAGAUACGAUCAUCGUCGUCAGCCAGGUCGUCUCGUCCGCAGUUCGGCAAGGGCCAGCUCAUGUUUACCGUGCGUCAGUUGAGCAGCCAAGAAGAAGUGGCGCGAUUCAUGGCGAAUGGGUUUCGGUUUGCCCCGAUUGAGCGCAUCGCGAGCACGCUCGCCUCCAGAAUCCAUGUCCCCGCAGCCGAACUGGCGGCAUACCUGCACGAUAUGCACGAAUACGGUCGGCUUCGCAGGGGGUAUCCGUCAGGGGUACACGUUGUCGCAUUCGCCAUGCGUCCCACGGUGCAGGAACAUUUUGAGGUCCUCGCCAAAUUGAGUAGCCCGAUUGCACUGCCUAGUUCCUCUCUGCCAGUGAGAUCACUUGAUCAGGCUGACUUGGAUCUGAUUUCUCAGAUGAAUGAUUUCACAAUCACGACGUGUCUGAAACAUUUGACCACCUUCAUCAGUGACAGCAGCAGCAUAAAAAGUCUCCAGGAAUCGCCAGCUAACACCUUUUCCGACCAUCUCUACAGAGCGAUUCUUGAACUGGCAGCCAGCUUACCCAAGAACAUCGCGUCCGCGGUACGCUUCUCGGGGAAACCGCUCUCAGCACCGUGUCGCAAACAGUUGGUGCCUUCUCCUGACCUAGAGCACUGCACGUUGCUGUGUUUCCGGGUAGUAUCGGCGCUGGACACGCAGAUUUCCCAGCCUACUUUGCAUCGGUUCGUGCCGCUGCGACUGUUCCGGGUCCAGGAACAGGUCAACGACGGGCUCGUUGAACGGGGCCGUUUCCUACGCGAGCUCAACGCCGAGUUUGCCUCGUAUUCGGUCCAGUCGAUGGCAAAUCGCAGUAGCGUACCAUCGUCACUGCUUGUGAGUGAGGAGACCCAACGUGGACGAGGAGGGCGACGGCUGUUUUCGUGGGCGGCGUUCGCAUUCACACAGCGACGAGGAGAGCAUCGCCAUCAAGAACUUGUAUCGCAGGAAUCUCUCGUCGGCCAAGCAUCCGGGAAAAAACACGAUAGUGUGUUGAGCCUGUCGCGCAACGAGAUUGUCAUCAACAGAGAAGUUCGCAUCGAAGUCUCGCAGUUGGACGUUGACAGUCGCAGCAAGGGGGCUGAAGGUGCCGCGAGGAAGAGCCCGUUCCAAUGGCGCUUCAGUCGCAUGACAUAUUUUGCUACCGUCACCAUCGUCACGUUGAUCAUCUUCUCACUCGCCUACGUCUACGCCGAAGAACCGCCCUUUUGGCCAGCGGCCCGACCAACGCCUCCCUCGGGGCAUCCUGAUAAUACUGAUUACGAUAUUUCAAGUCAUCCUUAUGCGCCUGGGGAUAGCAAAGCUUCACCGUUGCCGUCAAACCCCCCAUCCACCUCCGCCCACUCGAGUGAUGAUCUCGAUACUGCUUUUGAUGGCUCCGACUGGCUCGUCAAGCCCAAGGAUCUUCGAGUCGUCGCCGUGAUCUUCUACGGCCGCCGCGACCGCUCGUCCAUUCUCGAAUGCUACACCCGUCAAAAUCUCGUCUCCAAUGGCGGCUGGUUGGACGAGGUGAUCUGGGCCGCUAAUACCGACAACCAAGACGACCUUGCCUGGAUUAACACCGUUGCUGCCGAUUCGAACGGCGAAUACAAGGUCGUGCGCAUGGACCAAAAGGGCUACGGUAAUGUCUAUGAGGCUACCUUUACGGACAAAAAGACCAUCUACGUCAAGAUUGACGAUGAUGUCGUUUUUAUCGAGCCUCAGGCCAUCGCCAAGGCUGUGACCACGCUGAUCAGCAACCCGGACGCCCUGAUCGUAUCGGCAAAUGUUGUCAACAGCCCCGCGCUCGGCUGGUGGCAUUACCAUUUGGACUCCGCUCACUCUUUCAAGCCUGAACUGAUCCCCAAGAAGGCCGAGCUUGCCACUCGCGGCAACGGGUUGUGGAAGACUUCCGACUUGCCGUUCUGGGAGGGAGACUCGGCUCUGGACUUUAAGGAGUUUGACACUUUCACCGACUUUUUCAAGGUCGAGGAAGACGAAGACAUUCCCAAGCAUCGCUGGCUCCCGACUCGUGAGGAAUUCGACAUUUACAGCUCCAGCGUUGCCGCCACCGAUGCUGAAGGUGGCCCGCACCUGACCCAAUGGGCCAUUGGUGCUCAGAACCACUACUCCUUUUUCACGAACCUGGAAAACGGCGAGCUCGGCAAGUAUGGCCUUGGUAAGGACUAUGGCAAAGGCACUACCUGGCAUAUGCGCAGCCACCGAAUCAGCAUCAACUUUAUUGUCAUGCGCGGCUCCGAUGUGAUCGAGCAUAUGGACCUAGUCACAGGACAUCCGAAGGGCGACGACGAGCAGCAGUUGACCGUCGAGAUGCCUCGUAUUCUGAAACGACCUGUCCUCGUCGAGUCCCACGCCAUUGUCUCCCAUUUUUCAUACGGCCCACAACGCUACCUCCACAAGACGGACGUGUUGGAGCGCUACUUCAACUACGCUAACGACAAUAUCUGUCCCGAACGAAGCUUGAUCGACCCAUUGAGCCCAGACUACAAACCAGGAUCCAACCCUCCUCCUUCGUCGCGCCUGAGAAGAGACCGUCGCGGAACGAAAUCCACGGACACUGCAUGA